AUGGUUCAGACGUCUACCUCAAACCUACCUCACUCCUUCUCUAGUACUCCAAGGAACAGGAAACCAGAAUGGAACAAAGAUGUCGACAAGUCGUAUGUAAAAAUGAAGGUCAAUUGGAAGAGUUGGAAAGAUCAGGGUCGCCCUCGGAGUAAGGAAAAUACGGCUUGGAUUUCCUACAAAAAAUCCAAGAAUAUGUUCAGACGGUCACUCCGGCAAAGCAGGCAACGAACUCGUAACGAGAUCAUAAAAGAAGUGGAAUCUUCCAAACAUGACAACCCUCUUCUCUUCAGCAAACUUGUCAAGCAGCACAGAUCCCCCAGCAACAUCAGGACAGACACAGACUCUCUUAUUGUCUCUGAUAAGAAGCAUACAGGACAACAACUCCUGGAAGGAUGGGAGCAAUACUUCCGUGCUCUUUCCAAUCCUGACCCCUGCCCUCCCUGCCAGGUGGAUGAGGAAGUAACUCAGGCAGAAGUUUUACUCGAAGGUACUCAACUGCAUGUCACAUCUUCGCAGCUGAACAUCGCCAUUGCCCAGCUAAAAUCCGGCAAAGCAGGAGGCGUAGACCACAUCUCCCCUAAACAUGUAAAGUUUUCCGGACCAAUCACUCGUCUUGUUCUUGUGCAGAUUUACAACUCAAUCCUAUUCCACUGUCACAUGCCGUCCAACUUCAAGACCAGCUUAAUCCUUCCAAUUCAUAAAGGAAAGUGGAAAUCUCCCACUGAUCCUUCGAACUACAGGGGUAUAUCUCUCACUACUGUGUUCUGCAAGAUCUUAGAACUCCUCAUUAAGCCAGAAUUAGAAGAGGCUCUUCAUAAGUCAAACAUACCUCAUGAGCUUCAAAGUGGAUUCCAGGAAGGUCACUCAUGUCUACUGGUAGCGGCUACAUUGAAUCUCAUCAUCGAAAGCAAUAAGAAGCACACAUUCAUUGCAUAUUUGGACGCCGCCAAUGCUUUCGAUACAGUUUGGCACAAUGGUCUUCUCCUCAAGCUAUACAAGGCUGGUGUUCGGGGUAAUCUCUGGUUUAUUGUAAAGAGAUAA